GGAAAGAAAAAAGGCGGGACUAAGGCUGCUCUCACAAAACAUUCAACUGCUUUCCUCACGUGCCAGCAUGCAAUGAGAAGUGCAGUUGGCCGCCAACCUUGACAGAAUGCACUUGCAGUCUUUGCACAACUUGGAAAAAAAUUAAAUUGUGUCCUCAGUUGCAUUAUUCGAAACAAUCGAUACAGGAACUUUUUAGAGUUUGGAAGUUACGCUUCUUCUCAUCAUGCAAAUUACUACCUUGAUACCUGCUCUAAUUCUACUGGUCACGCAAUCAAAAACUGCUUUCGGGGAUGUUUUCACAGCCAUGGCAGACAUGGAGGGUCUGAUAGCUACCGAGUUCGAGCUAGUCAAACACCUUGACACUUACAUCCAGGAAGAGGAGAAAAGGAUGAAACAACUGAGAGGAAUUCUCGAAGAGUACGAGAGCAUGUACCAGGAAGCCAUCGCAGAUGUGCCGAAAUACUUGUCCAACCCAGUCAAUGCAUAUUUACUUGUUAAGCGACUCACAUCUGACUGGAAGAAAGUAGAAGGAGUCAUCAGCAAAAAUGCUGGUUCUGCCUAUAUUCAAAACAUCACUCAGCACCGCAGUUUACUGCGUUUCCCUAACGAAGAAGACUUAAAUGGAGCAGCAGUCGCACUGAUGAGACUUCAAGACACUUAUAAACUAGAUACGCACGCUUUAGCAGAAGGAAAGCUUUUAGGAGGGAAAAAAUAUUCUCGUCAUCUCACUGCUGGCGAUUGUUGGGAACUGGGUCGACAGUCGUACAACAACGGCGAUCACUACCACACGGUUCUGUGGAUGGCAGAAGCUUUAAACAAAUUCGAAGACGAAUCGAACAAAACUGUUGCGCGGGAAGACAUUUUAGAUUAUUUGGCCUUUUCUACAUAUAAACAAGGGAACUUGAAAGAAGCUUUACAAAUGACUAACGAGCUGCUCAAGAUAGUUCCCUACCAUCAGCGUGCACUUGGGAACAAAAGGCAUUAUGAGAAACUGCUUCGUCAACUCGGAGUAACUGAGCGACGUGGAGAAACUGGGGACGAGGAUAACAUCAACAUGAGCGAACCAUUCGACACAACCAAACUAAAGUUGACGAAACCCCCCGGAACUACAGAACAUUGGGAUGUGUACGAACAGCUUUGCAGAGGUGAAAAGUUGAUGGAUCCCAAACUAGAAGGCCGUCUACGAUGCCGUUACGUAACCAACAAUGUGCCCUACUUUUUCAUUCAGCCCAUCAAGAUGGAGGAGGCAUUACUGAAACCGAGGAUAGUCGUUUAUCAUGACAUUAUUUCCGAUGAAGAGAUUGAAACCAUCAAGAGGCUAGCCCAACCAAGAUUUGCACGUGCAACUGUUCAGAAGAAAGAGAGUGGCGCACGUGAAGUUUCUCGCUAUCGAAUUGCAAAAUCUGCCUGGCUGAAACAUGAAGAACACGAUUACGUUUCUGACAUUAAUUUUCGCGUUGGUGAUAUUACCGGACUCGACAUGGCCACGUCCGAAGAUCUCCAAGUUUGCAAUUACGGCAUUGGUGGACAUUACGAGCCUCACUACGACUAUGCCAGGAAAGGAGAAGUUCAACAAGAUUUUGGAUGGGGUGGUCGUAUUGCCACUUUGCUGUUCUACAUGAGUGACGUUGAGGCCGGCGGCGCCACCGUUUUCCCGAAACUAAACCUUUCCCUGUGGCCGCAAAAAGGAAGUGCUGCAUUUUGGUAUAAUUUAUAUCCGAAUGGCGAAGGAAACGAAAUGACUCAACAUGCGGGCUGCCCCGUUCUUACAGGAUCCAAAUGGGUGGCCAAUUAUUGGAUUCAUGAACGAGGACAAGAAUUCCGUCGUCCUUGUGGCCCAAAAUCGGAUUUCGAAAUGUAGUGAAAUAGUACGCCAAUGUAAUUCCAUUCGAAAUCACAAUCUCAAAAGCCUCAAAAUUCGUCAUGCUUGUAGGAAAGCAGCCUACUUGUUUCUACUCAAAAUUAUUAAAGAAAUUUAAAGAAAGUUUGCUGCCAUUCCAAACCCUCCCGCCCAAAACACAAAGACAAUGACAAAGUACCCGGAAAGAUGAAAUUAUCAAAUUAAUUGGGCCAUUUCAAUAAACGUAACUAAUUGUUCA